AAAGUUUGCCACAGUCUUUACUCAACUUUACAACCUGAGCUGAGGUGACCUGCUCCUGAAACCUUCAACUCUUCUACUUCUGAUCAGUUCCAAGUGACUCAAAGAAGACCUCAAUAUGGUGUCAAUGGGAAGACAGAUGCUGGGCUUUGCCCUGGCAAUCAUCGGUUUCCUGGGGACCAUCAUUGUGUGUGCCCUGCCAAUGUGGAAGGUCACAGGUACUCCGGUGCCAGGUCCAAUGCAACCAGCCGAGCCUAUGUCUGAGAGGACCAUUCUUCUGAAAAGGACAGCAAAUUAUUUUACUUCUCUUGAGUAAUUCUCCUUUGUUUCCAGUUUCUGAGAGCACCACAAGUUGUGCCUCACUUUUUUUGAAAAGGGACACAGUGAGAACCAAUUUUCUGAUAAAUUAACUUUAACUGAUAAAGUUUGAUGGAAGCAAGAGAGAUUGUUUCUUGAGGAAUGAGAAACACAGAAAGAAGAUGUGGUGUGAAACUUCAGAACCUGCAAGAAAAUCUUCCAACAGCAUAAUGACUGUACUGAGUUACUUUAUAUAAAGCUUGUAUUAAACCUAAUUUUCCUCUGAAUGUUUGGUAUGGAAUGUACAGUACACUGACACAUUGUGAAUAUAUUGUUGAAAAUAUUUUACAAAUAUAUUUGUUCAAUAGCAAUAUAAAAAAAAAUUCUUUUGUCUACUGAAAUCACUAAUUUUUAAUAAAACUAUUUAAUAAAUGAGAUUCUCGUGCCUAUUUUGUAGUCUACAUCGUUUGUUCUGUUGUUUGCUGUUGCAUUUAUGGUGUUGCUUUUAAAGUAAAGUAAUUGUUACAUUUUACAUUUCAAAUAAUUCGAAAUACAAUGAUGCAACGAGUCAUGUGUCAAAGGAAAUUCUUUAACUUGAUCAUAUCAAAGGGGUUAGGGAAUACAGUGAUAAUCCAGUUUCUCGUGCUGGCUUUCAGAAAGGAAACUGGGGUGCACGUUUGUAUUUAUUUUAGAAACACUGCUUAUAGUAAAUACAGUGGUCAUGGUUUAAAAUUCAAAGAGGCCAGAAACUAGAAGUAUAACUAAGCAGAAGCGUAUAUUCAAAAACAUUCAGCAGUUUGUAUGAAUUCUUCAUGCAGACGUGAAACUAGUUCAGCCAGUUUUACAGUGUUGAUUGCCAAUGAAAGCCUUUUCAUAGAAUUUGCUACAGUGUGCUAGUUUCAACACAUAUUAAAAGCCAUACCCAUAUCCAGCUUCUAUUUGUAAAUACUAAAUACAGAGUGGAAGAUCUUGAAAGAUAAUCAGACAGCCCCUUAAGCUGCUGACCAAAUCCUAAUAAAGAUCUUUCCAGAUAGGGAUCA